UUUCCCACAAUGCACCUAAAAUAAAAAUGUCUGCGCAAUAGCGGCAGAGCGAGCAAUUUUACCAAAAAAUAAAAUCCCAUUCCAUCGAAGAAAGCAAUCGAGAAAUCAAACUAAUUUUUAUCACAUCAGUUACAUGAAGCAUCAUACAUCCGUUUGGUUAUAAAUUUGGAUAGUCUGAUGAUGAAUCUUUAGUCGAAACAAUGCUUUAAGUUUCAUAAAAUUCGAGCCGCAAUCAGCGACCUCUCAUGAACUGUGCUGACGUAUACACCUGGCACAGACCUACAUUGAUUCAGACAUUUUGUGUGCGUGGGUUACGUUACGCGCGAAGUAUACAACGAUGAGACUUUUUUGAGAAGAUAAUCUGCAACAGCUUUCGUUAAAGGAGCUACAGGAAAUUCUUUGACAUUUCUCCUUUGGAGAUUGAUCAUCAAGAAAUCCCGUUUGAGAUGCGGUGACGAGCAGCCCCCGUUCGUGUGGGUUGAGCGGCCACACCACCUGACCGGCCAGCGCGGAUACGGUCACGGGAGACGGCCGGGGCCAGCGGCAGUGCCGGAGACUCGUCUGCGGCCCGGACCGGCGCGGUAGCUGUGGAAAGCCAGUUUUUUCUAAUUCGGAACUCGUCGGUCGUCAGACAUUUCCAUGGUAUAGUAUUGGUGGUUCAGGAUUUGCUGAAAUCUGUGCUCCUUUGUAUGUACAUGCCAUAACCAACAAUGCCAGGGCCAAGACAGCCUAGCAGUCGUGGGCGUGCCUUCCGUGAAGAAAGCCCGCCUAACUCCAACCGAGCCAGGAAGCACAAAAAAGCCACUCGACACAAGCACAAACGCUCCAGGGAGCGGGACAGGCGGGAACAGGCCCCCAAAGUCAAACCUUUGGUCGAGUAUGACGAUAUAAGUAGUGACGAGGAGGUGUAUCUGAGCCCCUCCCCACCUCCCGUCCAAUUUGUCUCAGAGACUAAACCUCCAACCAAGAGCCAACGUACCAAGAGCCAACGUGCCGUCUCACCGGCCACGGCACUGAAGGAGUACAGGAACAGGCAAGAGGAGAGGAACUCGCCCCAAAUCCACGCAAGGUCAAGCUCCAGCAACAGACCCUCAAGGCAGCCUUAUGUCCCAGCAGAGGCACCCAAAGCCUACAGGCGACAGUCCCCAACGAACCCCCCGAGGGCGUACAGGGGCUCCCCAGACACAAUCAGAGUCGUUGAAAGGAAGAGGUCUCGUUCCCCGAGGCGUAAAUCCCCAAGUCCAGCUAGGAAGAGACGUGCCGAGAAGACCCAACGGUCGCGGCGUAGUCCAAGUCCAAGCCCUUCAAGGAGGCGAAGGUCCUCCAGAUCCUCAAGCAGAAGUCCUAGUUAUAGUAGGAAGCGAUCGCGGCGGUCCAGGAGCCGGAGUCGGAGCCCGUACCGUUCCCGAUCCAGAUCUAGUUCCCGCAGCUUCCAGCGGCGUCGUAGCCGCAGCCGGAGCUUUGAUUUUUCCACAGCCCGGUUCAAAAUGGGCCUGGGCUCAGAACUGAAGAAAAACACCAAAAAGUUGGUUGAGAGCAAAACGGUGGACCCAUCAACGGGGAAGGGAAUUCCCCCAACCAGGAAAGCAUUAGUGCAAGAGGCCCAGUCGCCUGCCACUCCAUCCCCCUCUUCCCUGCCAACCACCAUCACUAAACCUUAUUCAGGCAGCCCGAUCAAGGUUACCAUUAAGAAUGAGGCAGCUCUCAACCGGGCCAAAGCUGAGGAAUCACCUCAGCGGACAGUCAUGGAGGUCCCGGGCAAUCGCAAUCAACCCUUCCAGAACCUUCUCAUCAGGAAGGAGGUCAAGCCUGAGGUUAAAAAGGAAUCUCCCCUCCCUGCCCCAGUCACCAAGCCCACCCCUCAGGUCACCACUCUCCCACCUCUACCUCUUCCUCCGAUGAUUGAUGAAAAACACAGCAGCACGCCGCCUCUACCAUCGAAAGAGGAAAAGUACCGGCCAUCCAUCAAGGAUCUUCCGCUGCCACCAUCAGCUCCCAAGUCAGCGGCAGUGCCUUCCCCACUGCUGGCACCUACUGUGCCUUUCACUCCAUCCAAGCCGACUAGUCAGAAGAGGGAGAGGAUUAAGAGGAGGAGGGUGGAGCAAAUGGCCAGUGGGCUGAACUGGGGUAAACGCUGUGUGGAUGUCUUUGAUAUAGUAGAUCAAGUGGGUGAGGGUACAUACGGGCAGGUCUACAAAGCAAAAGACAAACAAACAGGGGAACUGGUUGCGCUGAAGAAGGUACGUACUGACAAUGAAAAGGAGGGCUUCCCUAUCACUGCGGUGCGGGAGAUCAAAAUCCUCCGGCAACUGAACCAUCCUAGCGUGGUCAAUCUCAGGGAGAUAGUCACCGAUAAACAAGAUGCCCUGGACUUCAGGAAAGAUAAAGGUGCUUUCUACUUAGUGUUUGAGUACAUGGAUCAUGACCUGAUGGGUCUGUUGGAAUCGGGCUUGGUCAGCUUCACAGAGGAGCAUAUCCGGAGCUUCAUGAAGCAACUAUUGGACGGACUCAGCUACUGCCACAAUCGCAACUUCCUCCACAGGGACAUAAAGUGCUCCAACAUUCUCCUGAAUAACAAGGGUCAGAUCAAAUUGGCCGACUUUGGCUUGGCUCGCCUGUACCACGCCGACGACAAGUCACGCCCUUACACCAACAAGGUCAUCACACUCUGGUACCGCCCGCCUGAGCUGCUGCUCGGUGAGGAGCGGUACGGUCCAGCCGUGGAUGUGUGGAGUUGCGGCUGCAUCCUAGGAGAGCUCUUCACCAGGAAGCCCAUCUUCCAAGCUAACCAGGAGAUAGCUCAGUUGGAGCUUAUUAGCAGGAUCUGUGGCACACCCACGCCGGCAGUCUGGCCGGAUGUGAUCCGGCUGCCGCUGUUUAACACCAUCAAGCCAAAGAAGAACUAUAACCGGAAACUGAGGGACGAGUUUGCUCUGUUGCCCAAGCCGGCAUUAGACCUGCUGGAUAAAAUGUUGACUCUUGACCCUGAGAAGCGAAUCUCGGCCACAGAUGCCCUGAACUGCAACUGGCUGAAGACUGUAGACCCCGGCAAGAUAAAUUCUCCAAAUUUACCUUGCGGACAAGACUGCCAUGAGCUAUGGAGCAAACGCCGUCGCCGUCUGGAGAAGCAACAGGCUGCUCAGAAUCAGUCUUCAGCCUCCAAACGGAAGGAGGUAGGCCUCGGCCUUGUAUCUGACGAGAAUGUCAAGAUCCCAGGAAUCAGUGGGGAUGGAGAGUCAGCGUCUAGGUCCGGGGGAUCAAAAGGAGGUCGGAGUGUGCCUAGUGAUGGAGAGCCUGAAGCCCAGGACUCAGCGAGCGGCAGUAAGUCCAGCGAGAAGCAGCUUGCUGGAUUGGUGAGCCUCCUACAAUCCCAGUCGGGCCUGGAUGUUAACAAGCUUGCCGAGGCUCUGAAUGUCAAAGUAGACAGGAGCACCAUCAAGCUGCUAGAGAACCUCAAUAUGCAGCUGCUGCUUGCCGCCGCUGCCACCAAUCAGUCCAAAGGCGGUAGCACUAGUCGAGCUAAGGAUGACAACUUGGUCAGCACCGCCUCGGCCCUGCUGGCCCUGUCCAAAGGCAACGCUGAGAGCAAAGGCGAGACUUCAGGAAGCGGUGCCGCAAGUGUGGAUCCGAAGACUAAAGACAGGCCUCAGGAGAUCCCAUCUACCUUGACUGACUAUGUGUCAAGCCUGUUUGGCAAGUCCACUGCUCCCGCUAACACAGUUGCAACAGGCUCAGCAGGGACAUCAACCUCCGGAAGUGCUGCUUCAUCUGUGGGUCAACCGGUGGCAGAAGGUGGGAUGGAUAGUGGCCCAUACAGACCCACGGGGUCCAGAGGCAGCUCCUACAACAGCCCUGCCAAUAAAAACUAUGGUGAGUAUGACUAUGAGCCGCAUGAUAGCUAUAAUGCUGGUUACCAGCAAAGAGGGCCAAGCACUCCCCCGUUGGAUGCGGCGAUGGGGGAUGGGAGUAGAGGGGAUGGGGAGGGUUGGAAGCCCCCAACGCCAUUAGGUCCACCACCGGAUUCUCCUGAAAUGGAGCAGGAUUCCCAGCCCGAGGAGACUACCUUGGUGACGCCGGGAGUCAAAGCAGCGUUGAUGCAGAUGCUGAAGGCGCAAGGUCUACCGGAGCUAGGGUUAACCAACCAAGGUUCCAAUGAGGUCACUCCGACACUGUCUGAACACCCCCUUGAGCCCCAAGGCACCGCCCCCGUUCCCCCGGACUGCUACGGCAACAACACUCACGUUGACAGCCCCGGCUAUCCAGAAAACUCCAAUUUCAACUCCCGAUUGCCGGGGAACAACAAUGUGCCACAGGACUACCGAGGGUACCGGCAAGACGUACACCAGGAAGGCGACAGAGGUAGAGGUUGGGGCGGGGGUACUGGCAAUGGGGCACCCCGGGGAAACCAAGGGGGCCAGUUUGGGGCAGAGUCAUUUUCAAGAAGCAGGGGAGGGGCUGGAUUUGAUCAAGGCGCAAGUUGGAACUAGUCUCGCUCCUAGGAAUAAAGCUCUAUUUUGAGGCUCCUUAUCUUCCAUAAUUUUUGUGACUCCUCUUUGCAGCUUUUUAUUAGUCCUUUUGUUUUCAGUUGUUGACAAAAGAAAUAAAACUUUGAAGCACAGAGAAAACUUACAAAUCCUGCUAAUGUAAUGCAACCCCUAAAAUAAUCAAAAAGCAGAUACAUACAUGUACAUGUUUACUUGUGAAUGCAAGAAAAUGUAUAACUGCAGUUUUUUUUAUUAAAAUACCUGCUCCCCCCCCAAAACUUAGCUGUUAUUUGUUUGUUUAAUGUACUGGAACAGAUUUAUGGGUCAUUGAUAUUUGUAUUAUUUUACAUUAUUCUAUAUUUGAGAAAUUGCAACAAUCUUUUGGGUCACCAUUGGCUUUGAGCAGAAAGUCAAAAGAUGAUUGCAAGAAAACCAUAUUUUUAAAUCCACACCUUAAUUCGAACUUCAGUCUUGAAAUAACAUUAAUUCAUCAAUAUUUGUAGUAUUGUUUUUCAAUCGCCUUUAAAAAAAGAAAAAUUUAGUCAGUGAGUUUUGGUACAAGAAUUUGUGA